CUGGCGUGGACUGUCCCAGCAGAAGGACAAUUCGUUCUUCGGUUAGUAUCCAGGUUGCAUUAAUAUCUUGAUUCCUCCUCGAGCUUCGUGAAGCUAAACUUAAAACGAAGCCAUGCAAUACAUUCUGUUGAUCGCGUUUCUCGCAGUUGCAAGCUGCCAACCGUUCGAAACGCUUCACUCGUGGGAUUUUGUCGAUUUUAAUUUUCCAAACGACAGUGCUCGUAACUCGUUGCUGUCCAAUGGAGAUUACGUCCCGGAGAACAAUGUUCCUCUCGGUUUACACUUGUGGGCGGACAAAGUAUUUAUCACUAUACCGCGAUGGAAGAACGGCGUGGUGUCGAAUCUGAAUUACUUUUCAAAGGACGAUAAAUCAAGAUCACCGAAAUUAAUUCCGUAUCCUGAUUGGGAAACAAACGACCGUCACAAGCCUGAUGGUAUUGUAAAUAUCUUUCGCGUUAGGUCUGAUGCUUGUGGUCGAUUGUGGGGAGUCGAUACAGGCGUCGAUGAUAUUCUAGGCAAUACCACUGUUUUGCAGCCAAUAAGGAUCUUUGUGUUUGAUUUGAAGACAGAUAAGAUACUUCGGAUUUACACUUUGAAAGAUUCGGACCAAACGCCGAAUUCCUUCUUCGCUGAUUUAGUGAUCGACGUUGAUCCAAACAAUUGUGAAAACGCAUACCUUUACACUUCCGAUUUGACUGCAUACGGAGUAGUAGUUUAUAGUUGGGCUAAAAACGAUUCUUGGCGAAUCACACACAACUUCUUUCAUUUUGAUCCACUUCACGGUGAUUACAACAUCAGUGGAUACAACUUCCAAUGGACGGAUGGUGUAUUUGGAAUGUCCUUGUCUCCGCGGCGAAACGAUGGAUACAAAACCUUGUAUUUCCACGCGAUGUCUGGUAUCACGGAAUUUUCUGUGUCCACGGAAGUCUUGCAAGACGACACAUUAGCCAAGUCUGGCUCUUACCAGGUGUUCCAUGUAGAGGGUACCAAAGGUCCAACGACGCAAGGACCUUCGUCUCUAAUCGACUCGAAAACUUGCAUAAAUUAUUUUACACAAGUUAACAGGAAUGGAAUCGCUUGCUGGGAUACCAAUGCAAAAUUGAAUCCAGACAGUUUCAUACUUGCCGCGCAGGAUAACACAACGCUGGUCUUCCCCAACGAUUUGUCCAUCGACGAAUCCAACAACAUGUUAUACGUGCUGUCAGAUAAUUUGCCGCAAUUAUUAUUCUCUAAUUUCGAUAAUAAAGAGCAUAAUUUCUUUCUUACAGCGGCCAGCCUUGAAAAACUGACAGCUCUCUGCAAGAAACAAAACUCUUAGAAAGUUGAGUACCCUGGACUUUUGCUAUUCAAAAUAUUUUUUAUUGAAAUUUGAAAUUCUGGCCUUGAUUCGAAACGCACUUUUAUUUUAUAGGAAAUUUUUAAAUUGUAUUCGUACAUUUUCACGUCGAGAUUUGUUUAAUUUUCCAAUACUUAUGUCUCCCCUUCCCUUGUUUUGUUUACAUUACUACGUGCAUAUUAUCAUAUUAUAACAUCAGCUACUCUGUUGAAGCUGCUAUUAAUUUUGUUGGUUUUAUGCGUAGAUAAUUUGAAAAUAAUAACUUUUUCAGGUUUCUAUUCGUCUACUUUUAUUUAUAGCGAUUAUACAAAAGAACCGAGUUGUAUUAUUUUCUCAAAACUCAGUCAUUUGCGUCACACAUUUUCGUGUCGUAGAAUUUAUUUGGUAUUUACAAGUACAUUUAAACUAACGCCUUACGCGUACAUUGCCUUUUUCGUCGACUGAAAUUAUUUGGUAGAAAAUAGGAGAAGAGCUUACUAAUUAUAAUGCAAUCUUUAUAUGAUACGUAUGAGCGUUACAAUUUCAUGGACAAUGGAAAGAAAGAUUACUCUCGUUUGUAAAUAAAAUCGUUUUUCGAUGCGUUGGUCCCGAUUAUAUACUUAUCGUAAACGUAUUGUAAAAAAAUGUAACGAAGUAUAAUACAUCGUCGGCCAUUUUUCGAUCACAGGAUGUUGCACGUUUUCGACUGAAAUCAACGCAAGGUGUAUGUGAAUUAUUUUCAAAAUAGCUUCGAGUUUGGUGAGGUUCCACAAAAUUUACAGGAAAAUUAUACAUCUGAAAACUAUGAAAAAUGAUUUAAACAUUUUUUAGAGAUAAUCGACACGGACUUGAGGCUUUAAAUUAUUGCUUUACUCCAUACUAAUCAAUAUUUUUUAUUAAUCUUAAUUAAAUAAGUAGGUUGUUUAAGCAUCAUUUAUUUUAAUAAUUUCUAUAUUUAAAAAUUAAGGAAGGAAUUUUCAAAACUAGUGGUCGAGCAUUUUAUAUUGAAAACAUUACGUCCUUAAACUAAAAUUUUUACAAACAAAAUUACCAUAUAUUGAUUAAUUCCAUGGUUGGGAAUAUCAAAUCAAAAUUAUAUAUUUUAAUAUUGUACUCUGUAUUUAUUUAAAAAUUGAAACCAUGUUUAUUAGGAUUUGUUUUUUAAUUUUGCAGAUGUAAAACUCUUUUGUAAAGUUUGUAACACUCACUCGUUCAACCUGUAUUAGUUAAUAGAAGUGAGUCAUUUUUAUAUUUACCUUGGAUUUAUGAUUUACAGUACCAGUCGUCUUUGUGCCGUUCUCCACAGUUUGUUGUCGUCUCGACUUAAACAUCUUUGACAUUUUUCCUGGUAAUUUAAAACAAUUAUAAAUUAUCAUCAUAUUGUGUAUCGUUUACACAAUUAUAGAUGCAAUUUUAGCUAUCUUUUGGAAGGCAUAUAAACGCACAAAAAAAUAAAAGUGAAAAUUCGAAAUUACUCUUUUUAAAAUAUUCGUUUGAACAAUAACAUUAUUUA